CUACACUGGUCGUUGUGAACGAGCCGGCUUAAAUCUUAACCGCAGGCAAGAGAAGUUAUCUGUAUUUUUGUCAGUUAAUCUUUUUGAAUCAUAGGUAAGUGAAGUACUAAGGACCGUGAGUGGUGGGUUUGCAGCUCAACUUAUUUUAUUUUUUUUGCACUGGACAGCGGAAAUAAAUUCAAAUGUUUACAAGUGAGACAGGAGUCCGAACGUUUUUAGGAAGAAUUCCAUCACCGAGAGACCGACAGCGGGUACAGUAAGUGCCGAGGAAAAUACCUCCCAUACCUGUUGCAGGCUGUGUGUUCUAACAAAGAGAAAAAGAAAAAGCUGUCGUCUACUGCAGCCUCUGGAUGGAUGUGAAAGAAGAGAUGUGUGAGACUGACAUGAAUGCCCUGGAGAAAAGGACCAUAAAGGUUAAGGAGGAGGACUGUGAAUGGGAGUUUGUCCACCCUAAACAGGAGAGUCUUCACAUUAAGGUUGAGGAUUAUGAACUGGAGACGGUGAGCAUUAAAGAAGAGGCCGAAGAGAGGUGGGUCAGCAAUGCGAUGUACAAACACGAGAGUGUGGAGAGGGUCCAGGAAGACCACCUUCAUUAUGGCUAUCAAGAUGGAGCAGUGACCGGGUUAGACUCUUCUCAAAGCAGAUUCUCUUCAUCUCCAGAGCCUUCUGUCGUUGUGAAGUCUGAAUUAUUACAGUCUGACACACAAAGGACUGAGGAAAUUCCAUCUGUUAGAACUCAGGAAGAUGAGCCACCACUUAAAUCUAAAUCUGGAGAAGGAGAGAAACCUCACUGCUGUUCUGAAUGUGGCAAACAGUUCAGCCACAGGUGCACUCUCCUGAGACACACUCGAAUCCACACCGGAGAGAAGCUCUAUUCUUGUUUUGAAUGUGGCAGGAAGUUUUUGCAAAGGAACCACCUCGAGAGCCACGUAAGAAUUCACACGGGAGAGAAGCCGUACUGCUGCUUGGAAUGUGGCAGAGAGUUUUCAGAGAGGAGCCACCUUCAAAGUCACACGAAGAUCCACACGGGGGAGAAGCCGUAUUGCUGUUUGGAAUGUGGCAAACAAUUCUGUCGCAGAAACCACCUUUGGAGACACAUUAAAAUUCACACGGGAGAGAAGCCGUAUUCCUGUUCGGAAUGUGGCAAGAAAUUUUUGACAAUGAGCAAUCUCCGGAGCCACAUGAGAAUUCACUCUGGAGAGAAGCCAUAUUCCUGUUCUGAAUGUGGCAAAAAUUUUUUAACGGUGAGCAAUCUUCGUAGCCAUACAAAAAUCCACACUGGGGAGAAGCCAUAUUGCUGUACCGAAUGUGGUAAAAGAUUUGCACAUUUGAACAGUCUUAAGAUCCACUUUAAAGUUCAUUCAGGAGAGAAGGAGAAAUCUUUGAAGUAGCAAAUGGGCGGCUGAAAAACGAAGAAAUGGAGGAAGGAGUGGAAUGGAACCCUCCUACAUGCUGAAGUCUGGGGGCUUCAUUGUUUAAGAUCUGUACUAAAUCUUACCAAGUCUAAACUCUCUUCUUAGAGUGUGAAAAGGAUCCCCAAUUGCUUCUCAGAAUAAAAAGGUGCCAACCCUCUGGCUCACCACUUGUGUAGGGUGCUGGUGAUACUGGUAUUGUGACAUCUUCAGAUUUAGAGAAGACCACCUCCAGUAUCGUGACAGUCCAGGUGGACAGUGUUAGUCCAGUACUGAAGAACAAGAAAAGACCACCAAAGCAGAAUUUGAACAUGAAACUAAUUGGACUGGACACGGUCCCGUGGUCCUUUGAAGAUAACGAGGAGGUGGUCGUCUGCUACUUCUAGGCAGCAAAUCGAGAUUGACUGACUAAAGAAUAUGCCAGAUGGGCUUAUUUAUAAUUGAAAUCUACAAAAAGCAGAGGUAUAAAGUAACCGGAGUACAACUACUUUGUUACUCGGGUAUUUAUACCUUACUUGAGGAAAUUUAAUUCACGGCUACUUUUAUUUUAGCCCCACUACUUUUUUUUUUUUUGGGCCAAAUCGCGUACGUUUUAUGUUUUCCAGCAACUUCUCAUUAAUCGUUGCACCAACCAAACUGUUAUGAAUUCAUAAGAGAGACCAAUCAGGUGUGCUGUCAAUGGAGGUGAUACUUUAGCACAGCCAAUAGAAUGCCGUCUAUCAUUCAGAACAAAAAGCGUCGUAGUGCGCCUUCUGCGCCUCAUUUGGUAAGGUCGUUCCCAGGCUUUCCCCACUCAUUGUUCUGGCUCGGGCAGUCGGAACAAAUUUCCAGUGUGAGUACACCCUUAUUGUGCAAAACUAUCUGUAUGUUGUGCACACUUGAUAUUGUGAGUUUUUUUUUUUAUGAGCCCACUUACUGAAACGCUAGGGUGCACCCUGCUGUAAAAAUUUCUGGUUACUUGCAGAAGGCCGCCUCAGGGUUCAAACAAGACCUAAGGGCCUUCAAGGGGGUCAGAGGAGUGUCCCUGUUCCUGGAUGCCAGUGUUGCGUCGUUCCUUUUAAUGUGAGUGGUAACGGAAGAGGUGUCUGCUUCCCUGCAAGCAGACAGAAGUGGUUUUGUUGCUACUGGAAGCCAGCCCUGCCGACCAGAGUCUAAUCUACAGUCGUAGUGACCAAGGAAAGCACAGGUGACUUAUUAAGUGAAUGUUGUGUUUUUGUGUACAAGAGUGAACUUUGAGCAGCAAUAUAUUGUCUCUUGGUAAAUUACUGAAGAAUUUCUGCACAUCUCUUAUUUUAUCUUCCACUGAACUGCAAAGUAUGUGACUUAUUUCUGAGCUGUCCUUAUUAGUUUUUCUAAGGAGAGAGCAUUUAAAUGUAACCGAGUGGACUCCCGUCCAGAGCAUUCUUCAGUUGAACACAAACUUUCCGAUUUGUAUUUGCCAUUUUAUCAUGUUAUAUUGAAGAUGGAUUAUUGUCGUUUGAAUGCAAGCUGGUUACAUGUGUGAGUACAAUUAUUCUGUACAUUGUAAAUUUGUCUAUUGGAGUGCAUUAGAAAUAUGAAUAUGUAUUAUGAGACAACUGGUGUACACCCGGUUAUGUUGGAGAGUUAAUAAUCUGCCUUGACUGCAAUUGUGGUUAAUUCCAUAGUUUACAUAAGUGAUCAUUUUAAAGAUAAAAUUGGGUACCAAAUAGGGCAAAGGAAACCAUUGAGAAUUCUUGCUAAACUGUAAUUCUGUAAUUUAAUGUAAUAAUUACCCCUCUAAAGUAUAUCUUUACUUCAUUGAAGUGUAAUAAACCUAAUCUGUGUUGA